UUUUACUGAAUAAUCUAAAUGUACCAUAGUAUUUUGUCCAAGGUUUCAACCUAUGCAUAUUUAAUUCACAAUUAGAGACAUUUUGUGCACGAUCGUCAGCGCAGUGCCGGUACGGCUUCGCUCGUUCACAUAUAUACAUUUAUAGUUUUAAAGGUACAGGAAAUCAUAGACUUUAAAGAUGAGAGACGUCUAUUUGUACGCGUCGAUCAUCAGUUUGGCAAUAUUUGCCGUGGCAACAACAAUCACCAUCAUUAUCUUGGCUAAUAAACCUCCACGCGUGCAAAUUGCGACUAUGCCCUUCCUGGUACUCUCAAAGAGGUCAACUGGAGAGACUACUAAAAAACCAGAUGGGAUUGAUGACUACAUCUGGUCCUUCUACGUGACGCCACCUGAAGUUUAUCUGGAAAGACAUGGAUUUGAAGACGUACUUUCAUUCAAUUUGGGAAUAAAGAUCCAAAAUUAUAACUCUAAUGGAGUUUCAGUCUCUGUAGUUCAACCGAGAUAUGACGAUUACGAGUCACACAAAUAUCAAUUUGAUCCCUCUAUUAUGGCAUACAGGAUCGAUUUUAAUGGCAGGCCAAUCAUGUCGUUCUCACCUCAAAGAAUCUCCUCAUUUACAGUGUUUUGGGAGGAUGCGAAGAUACCAAAGUUGGUUGAAAUAAAUGGCGAAUUUUACUCUAUAAAUGGAAAAAAGUGCAUUAAUAAUGAAUGUUGCGAAGAUUUAGAGAAUUUGAGAACUAACGAGGUACAAAAUGCAGUAGCAGAUAGGAGUGCAACAAAAAAAUGAUCUCAAGAUAAAAUUUUAAGCAUUGUCUAAAGGGUUUAUACAAGGCAGGGGAGAAUCAUGCAUCUUCAUAGUUUGACACUUUUAGAGGAACCUAGUUCACAAGAAAUCAGUGUAUUAGGAAGACAGAGCAUAUAGCUCAAUGCAAGAUACUCUUAAGCUACAAAUUUAUAGAGGAUGCAUCUCCUAAAACCCGAAACUUUUUAGGGAUUCCGCCUGCCUGGAAUCCCUGGUACUCGUAUAUUUUUAAAAGAUGAAUCAAACGUUUUGCUGACGUAGCGGAUCCAGCAUCCUUGCGAUGCCAAGAGUUACCUAUAACAACCCUAUCCCCUACC